AUGGUUGACAGUGAUGAAUCUGUUCAACAGGUCGUUAGGCUGCCUACCCCUUUGAAUACCAAACCUUCUGCACCUUAUAGAUUAAGUGAGCCUAUUGAGGCAGAUGGUUUUUCUUGGCCUAGUUUAGGGGCCAGAAGAAGAGCGAAUGAGACUGAAGAACAAGAACAGCAACGGGUAGAACGUAUUUCUGACGCGAUCAAGACCAUCCUGAAUGAACUAGGGGAAGAUAUCAGCAGAGAAGGUUUGUUGAAGACGCCUGAAAGGUACGCGAAGGCAAUGCUGUAUUUUACUAAGGGAUAUCAGGAUAACCUCAUGGGUGAUGUUAUAAACAAUGCUGUGUUUCAAGAGGAUCACGAUGAGAUGGUUAUCGUGAGGGAUAUUGAGAUAUUUUCUCUUUGUGAGCAUCAUAUGGUGCCCUUCUAUGGGAAGGUCCAUAUAGCUUAUAUACCUGUUCAAAAGGUGUUGGGUCUUUCCAAGCUUGCUAGGUUGGCUGAAAUGUAUGCUAGAAGGCUUCAAGUGCAGGAGAGACUAACAAAACAGAUUGCACUGGCGCUUACUGCAAUUUUGAAGCCUAAAGGGGUUGCGGUGAUUGUUGAGGCUACCCACAUGUGUAUGGUUUCUAGGGGUAUUCAAAAAAGUGGUUCAUCCACUGUAACCUCGUGUAUGCGUGGUUGUUUCCAAAAUUCUCAUAGGACGAGAGAAGAACUGUUGAACUUAUUGAGAAGCAACAAGUAG